AAAAGCAUAUCUUGAGCGCUAGCGUCCGUCCUUUAGAGAGUAGCACGUGUGGCUGAAACGUAAUAGGUGCGCUGUUCUCUCAUUUAUCUGCUUUACCGCAAAAACAACGUGCAGUCAUGGUGAAGCUAGCCAAGGCAGCCAGAAAAGCAGCACCUCCCAAGAAAAAGGCUCCUCCACCUCCUAAGGAUCUGGAAGAGGAGGACAGUGAGGAGGACUGUGAUGAGGAAGAGGCACCACCAGCCAAAGCUGUAACAAAAAAGAAUGCAACAGUGAAAAAUGGAAAAGCUGCUGCCAAACAGGAGAGUGAUGAUGAGGAUGAAGAAGAAUCUGAAAUAUCGUCACAAGAAGAGGCUCCUCCACCAAAGAAGGCCACACCUGCUAAAUCUACAGCUGCAAAAGCUGCAAACACUCCUUCCAAGGCAACUACCGCAAAGAAAGCAGCACCUGCAGAGGAAUCCGACGAUGAUGAUGGUGAUGUUGUCUCUGAGGAAGAGGCACCACCACCCAAGAUGGCUGCCCCACCUCCUAAAAAGGCAAAACCUGUGGCUAAAGCACCCACUGCCGAAGAGGAAUCGGAUGACGAGGAUGAUGAUUCAGAAGAAGAGGAAAUGGACACGACACCUGCCCCUAAAGCCCCUGCCAAAAAGGCGGGAAUGGUGAAGGCUAAGGAAGAAUCGGAGGAAGAUGAUGAUGAGGAGGAGGAGGAAGAAGAAGAACCCACAACUCCAGUAAAAAGGAAAGCUGAAGCAAAAAAAGAAAAGGGAACCCCUCCUGCAAAGAAAGCUAAAACGGAAGGAGAAGGCUUCAGUCUCUUCAUGGGCAACUUGAACCCUAAUAAAGACUUUGAUGAAAUCAAAUCAGCAAUCACAAAGUUCUUCUCAAAGGAGGACCUUGAAAUUCAGGAUGUGCGUCUUGGUGGAUCCAAGAAGUUUGGCUACGUUGACUUUGCAACAGAAGAAGAGUUGCAGAAGGCUUUAGCACUUGACGGUAAUAAGUUGAUGGGCCAACCACUGAAACUCGACCGAGCCAAGAGCAAAGAGAACUCUCAGGAAAACAAGAAAGAGAGAGAUUCACGCACUUUGUUUGUAAAGAACCUUCCAUACUCCAUAACACAAGAUGAAUUGAAGGAUGUCUUUGAGCAGGCUAUCGAUAUCAGAAUUCCAAUGGGCAACACUGGUUCAAGCAGAGGAAUUGCCUACCUAGAGUUCCAGACUGAGGCUAUUGCUGAGAAGAUGUUGGAAGAAACACAAGGGGCAGAUGUUCAGGGACGUGCAAUCAUCAUUGAUUUCACAGGAGAAAAAAGUCGUCAGGGCAGCAGAGCAUCAGCUGGUGGUUCAAGCAAAAUCCUUGUGGUAAACAAUCUAGCAUUCAGUGCAAGUGAGGAAUCUCUCCAGAGUGUGUUUGAGAAAGCUGUGGCUGUCAGAAUACCACAGAGCAAUGGCAGGGCAAAGGGGUUUGCAUUUGUGGAGUUUGAGAGUGUGGAGGAUGCCAAGGAAGCACUGGAGUCAUGUAACAACACGGAGGUUGAAGGUAGAACUAUCCGACUGGAGUUCAGUCAGAGCAGAGAAGACCGAGGAGGAAGAGGAAACUCUGGAGCUACAAAAACCCUAUUUGUAAAAGGUUUGUCCGAAGACACCACAGAUCAGAUGCUGAAAGACUCAUUUGAGGGCUCAGUUGCUGCCAGAAUCGCCACAGACAGAGAAACUGGAUCAUCGAAAGGAUUCGGUUUUGUAGACUUUGACAGUGAAGAAGACUGCAAGGCCGCCAAAGAAGCCAUGGAUGAUAGCGAGAUCGAUGGAAACAAGGUGACACUGGACUACGCCAAGCCCAAGGGUGAGGGAGGCCGAGGAGGUGGCAGGGGUGGUUUUGGCGGCAGAGGAGGCGGGCGGGGUGGUUUUGGUGGCAGAGGCGGUGGACGGGGUGGUUUCGGUGGACGAGGGGGUGGACGAGGAGGUGGCUUCAGAGGAGGAAGAGGAGGUCGAGGAGGACGAGGUGGAUUUGGUGACAGGCCACAAGGAAAGAGAAUGAAGUUUAAUGAUUAAAUCGGUUGUUAUUGAAUGUAACGUUUUCAUUGCUUAAAUCUAUUUUGCCAGAGCGUUUCUAGGACAUUCCAGAAAGUGUUAGUAAUCUAUAACUGUACAGUGACCCCUGACCCUUUUGCUCCCUCCUUACUGUUUUGAGACAUGUCCCCAUCUUUUCUUCUGAAAAGGGGAGUGUCAAUUAAAUAAAUGUGAAUGUUGUAAUUAUGCUCUGCUGGUUUAUGUAAAAGUUGUACAUGCAACUUUCUUUUAUUAGUGUUUCUCUUUCCCCAUGAGUUUAUUUAAUUUCACCUCUUUCUUUUAAGUUUGCUUUAGGUGAAGUUUAAUGUGCAGUACCUUUUUAAAGUGCUAAGCAUAUUGUAAUGAAUACAUUAAAUUGACUCCUAUUUAGAAAUCUAUAUGAAAUAUUUGAAUGGAUUGAGGACGAAGAUGCCAGGAAAUUCUUCCAUCUGAAGAUAAUGUCUAGUAUGUAAAGUAAAUUUGGCUUGUGUGACUUUACUGUUUCCAGUUCAAAUUUUUCAUGACAUGUAAAAAAUAUUGUACCAUUUUGAUUAAACAGUUUUUA